UGCAAAAAUAGAAUAGAACAACGUUUUUCGCAAUGGUUGAGAGUGGCGUAUUUGAAACAAUAAAAAUAUAAAGUGCCAAGAUACAAUUCAAAGACUUAAAAGGCAACGCCUUGUUGUGGAAAUAUUUUAAUUAAUUGCACGAGAGCCACAAACAAUGACGUCGCAACCACAGACUUGAAAGCCCAAAUUUUUACUCGAUAAUAAAGCCAAACGUGAUUUCUUUAUGACCGGCCAACAACAACAAAAAAUCUAAAAAACAAAAACAAAAGAGCCGCUGCAGCUGCCAUUGCCUGGUUGCCUUUGUAUUUGGUCUCAAAAGCGCUCUCUCAAGCUCAAGUUCACUGCCACAAUAGUGGAGGAGCAGUGAGUGAAAGACGCAAAGCUUAGAGCAAGCUUUUUCGCAGCAAGUUAUUUAAUAACCCAAGUGGGAAAGAGCGAUGAGUAACGAAUCGUCAGCGAGUGAGACAACACCGCUACGUCGGCCGGAAAGUCAAUUGAGUGGUGGCGUGGAUUUAGCCGCUAACGUGGCCAACAACAACGCUUUAGGGACUGCACAAACAACCGUUGUUUUAGCCAACAGCAGCAACAAAAACAUCUACGACAGCAGCAACAUCGAAGUGCGACUGCACGACAACAACGGAAAUAGCAGCGGCAGCAACAACAACAACACACGCUCCUCACAACAGCAACUAACCAUAAAAAACAUGGACACAAACAAACGCAUUUUGUGCCGAGUGGGCCUUGAUAUUAUAAUUCUGCUAUGCGUUGGCUUUCCCAUACUUCUGUUCUUUCUGCUCGGAGAUCCAUACAAGCGCGGCUUUUUCUGUGACGAUGAAUCGCUUAAGCACCCAUUUAAGGAGUCCACCGUCCGGAACUGGAUGUUGUACAUCAUUGGACUGGUCAUACCAGGUGUGGUGUUUCUCACCGUCGAGCUGCUCAUCUCGCGGGAUAAUGCGAAGUAUGGCAAUGGGAAUGCGACCUCGCGCCGUUAUGUCUUCAUGGAAUACCAGAUUCCCGACUGGCUGGUCGAAUGCUAUAAGAAAAUCGGCAUAUUCGUUUUUGGCGCCGCCAUCAGUCAGUUGACAACGGACAUAGCCAAGUACUCCAUUGGACGUCUGCGUCCACAUUUCAUGGCGGUUUGCCAACCCAUUAUGGCCGAUGGCAGCACCUGCAGUGAUCCGAGCAAUGCUGGCAAAUACAUCCAAGAUUUUCGCUGUGUAGGUGAUGGCUCGUCGGCGCGCAUGCUCAAAGAGAUGCGCCUCUCGUUUCCCAGCGGACACUCCAGUUUCACCUUCUACACGAUGGUCUAUGUGGCGCUUUAUCUGCAGGCACGCAUGACCUGGCGUGGAUCGAGGCUGUUGCGUCACUUUCUGCAGUUUGUGUUCAUCAUGAUUGCCUGGUAUACGGCUCUGAGUCGUGUGUCGGACUAUAAACAUCACUGGUCGGAUGUGUUGGCCGGCUCGACAAUAGGCGCUCUCUGUGCCAUUGUUGUGGCUAAGUAUGUGUCCGAUUUGUUCCAGAAUUCUAGCUCAAAGCCCUACUUCUUGCCUCAUACAACGCAAGAUAUAAGUACAACAACAACGACGACGACAUCGGUUAUUGCGCCGACAAAUUAACACACAAUUUCUCUUAAAAUUAACAAUUUAAGCGGAAGCUUAAAGCACAAUUUCCAUAAUUUAUAGACAAAACAGGGAGUGGUGGAUGAUGCCAUAAGUGUAUGAAUGUGUUAAAGUGCAUGUGCAGGGCGGGGCAGAGCAGUCGAUUUUUUUUAUUUACCAGUAACUUGUUUUAACUUAUGUUAAUAAUAUAAAGUUGCUAUUUCAUCUGUCUAAUUGUGUCGAUGCAAGUGCACUUAAAUGUCUUCUGUGAACGUACAUAUUUAGUCUAAGUUAGCAAAUUUAAAUUUAUUACCGUGGCCUUUAAUAGAUAAGCAAGUUUAAUUUAACGUGUUAUGUAACACAUGGAGUAUUAAUUUUAUUGUUAAGCACAACUUAGGCGUAUAUUUACAAAAUAAAUACUACCUUAUUCAAAAAA